AUGGACAAUAACGGAGAACGAGCUCAGGAACGAGGAGAUGCUGGUGGAAAGCGUAAGAAGAGGGAUCUGGGAAGGGCUGAGUGGAGUCGGCAAAAUAUAGAUAAGCGAGCGCGCAACGACAAGGAGAACGAGACGAAGCGUCGGAAGCUGGAGAAGGGCGAGGAACUCCACACUCCCAUCUACGCCACGCACUUCUCCCAGGAGGAUAUCGAGAAUGAACAGAGACGCCCGAAGAAAAAGGUCGCCGUGUUGCUUGGGUAUUCCGGAACGGGGUAUAAGGGAAUGCAAUUGAGUGACACUGAGAAGACGAUCGAAGGAGAGCUUUUUACAGCGUUUGUGGCUGCGGGCGCUAUCUCCAAGGCCAACGCGGCCGACCCCAAGAAGUCGUCGCUGGUGCGCUGUGCGCGGACGGACAAAGGGGUUCAUGCCGCGGGUAACGUUGUUUCCCUGAAGCUGAUCGUCGAAGACCCGGACAUCGUCCAGAAAAUCAACGAAAAAUUGAGCCCGCAGAUCCGCGUGUGGGACAUUCUGGUCGCCAACAAGUCCUUCAGUGCAUACCAGAUGUGCGAUUCGCGCAUCUACGAGUACCUCAUUCCUACCUACUGCUUUCUGCCGCCUCAUCCCAGUACGUACCUUGGACGCAAGCUGCCGGAGAUUGCCGAGAAGCAUGGGGAUCUGGAAGCAUACAAAGCGCGACAGGAAGAAGUUGCUGGAUUUUGGGAGGAGGUGGACGAGAAGUACAUCAAGCCAAUUCUCGAUGAAACCCCGGAGGACAUCCGAAAGCUUGUCCAGAAGGCACUCUUUAUGGAGGAGACGUCCAAGCCCUCAGAUGAGGGCGAGGUCUCUGGUGACAAGGCGGAAUCCGAUAAACCCGCCGACGAGAACACAACCAGCGCAUCCAGCGAGAAUGCAGCGACUUCCGAGGGUGAUGAUGCCCUGAGACAACGCGUUAUCGAGACGGUGAAGACUAUCAAAGCCGCCUACAACAAAGCCAAGCGGGCAUACCGCAUACCGUCCUCUCGUCUGACACGCGUGCAAGUGGCAUUAGAGAAGUAUGUUGGUACGAACAAUUUCUGGAACUACACCAUCCAGAAAACCUUCACGGAUGCUUCCGCCAAACGACAUAUCAAAUCUUUCAAGCUUGAUCCUAAGCCGGUCAUCAUCAACGGUACCGAGUGGCUCAGCCUGAAGGUCCAUGGACAGAGCUUCAUGAUGCACCAAAUCCGCAAGAUGGUGGCUAUGGCCACCUUGGUUGUUCGCUGUGGCUGUGAUCCCAAGCGCAUCGAGGACGCAUAUGGCCCCACUAAGAUUGCCAUUCCCAAGGCCCCUGGAUUGGGUCUUCUUCUGGAGCGUCCCGUCUUCGAGUCAUACAACAAGAAGGGUGCUUUAGUGAACAACAAGAAGCCCAUCGACUUUGACGAAUAUGCCGAAACGAUGAACGAGUUCAAACAGCGGGAAAUCUACGAUCGCAUUUUCCGGGAAGAGGUUGAGACAAAUGCAUUUACCUCCUUUUUCAACCAUAUUGACCACUACGGCCAGGAGGAGUUCCUCUAUCUCUCUUCCGGCGGCAUUCCUGCUGCUAGGCCCGCACUGAAGGACUCUACUGCUGCGCAAGGAGCUCAGGAUGAGACGGACUCGACGAACAGGAAGGCUCAAAGAGAAGCUCUGAGGGAAGUCGAGCAGGAGUCGGAAGAUGAAACGAACCACAAUGAGGGGGAGAGAAAUAACCAGAUUGCCUUUUUACAUAGCGACCGCCUUUUAGUGCGAGAUGAAGUCGCUUCAGUAACGGACCCUCUCACUCUCCUACCUCCUGAGAUUGUUUUGCGCAUUCUGGAUUUUGCGCCCAUCUCCGCUCUUGCAUCCUUGACAGCUACAUCCAAAGCCUGGCACGACUUCAUCGAUGUCACUCACCAAGAGGCCAUUUACUCCUCCGAAUCCAAGACCUCCCAACCUCAGGGAGGAGCUAAAGAUUUCUCAUUUCUCUCGGAUAGUACCAGCUUUUCGAAUAUAUUCAAGGGUAUCGAGUCAUGGAAGGAUCUAUGCAAGCGGCAGACGUUACUCGCCCGCAAUUGGGCUUCGUCACAGCCUGUGAGUCGGGAGUCGGUGAUGCAAGUCGGCAACGACCCGGUCUGGCGCUUCCGUGCCGACUUCAAGCGCCGGUUCUUCGUUUCAACGUCGCACGCGGGAGGGUUGAACGUCACCGAUAUGGAUACCGGCCGCAUUCUAUGGCGACUGCCCUCCACGCUGGAUCGUGAUGAUGAGAAUGCGGUCCGUCCAUACGCGCAUCUGGAAUAUCAGGAUGGGAUGGCAGUUUUUGACCGCGAAGGAGAUGCGGUUGAGGUCUGGCAGGCAGGUCUCGAAGGUGCAGCCCAUGGCGAAUUCCGACGCAUUGCGGUGUUGAAUCAUGACUGCCAGACGAGAGGCUUCCAGCUGUCUUAUUGGACGCUAUGUGUCGUAUCUAACAAAGGAAAGGGCUUCGUAUAUGAUAUGACGCAGCGACCCCCAAAGUUGACUAGGCAGCUUGAGAUCGAACGAGAAGCUGUCGGCCAUCUCGACCAGAGCCAGGAUGCGGUGAUUUACUCCAUGGGCCCGCGAGGUUAUCACGCAUACAACAAGACAACCGGGGAGUUCUUGGGGGCCUUGCAACCGGCACAUUGCACGGACAAGUAUCACAUACGUCCGCCGCCUCCCUCUUCAUCCUCCGCUUCGCGACGCGGCCUGGCAGAGCGGUUGUUCCCUCCCGGCGCGCCGCGCAAUGACUCUCUGGUGCCCAUCACGCUCGCAAAAGGACCUCUCCCGCCGCCGACUGAUCCUGAACACGUUCGGCAUGGGGAGGAUGAAUGGGGCGCGGGUAUGCUCCAUGGCGAUCUCUUUGUCGGUUUCUCCCGCGCUGGCCGCGUCUUUGUUUGCCCAGACUGGCGGAAGGCCGUUCACAACCAGGCCAGUCUCGCGGCGCAUAGUUCCCUCAUCGAAUGCGAGUCAGACGGUUUGAGCUUUGACUUGGGCGGUUGGCUGUCGGUGCGGAACCAUCGUCUCAUGUUUGAGAUUCAAGACCGCAUCUACAUUGUUGCACUCGACGAUGAAAAUCGCAUUCAGGAUGUAGAUCAUCCUACCCGUGCUUCCUACUCGCUUUUGACAAGCUCAGCGCCUCAGCUUGCCGUGCCGGUUAGUUUCAUGGCAUUGUAUGAUGAUGCGAUCAUGAGUACAUAUACGACUCUGGGUUGGCGUCAACCUCUCCCGGGCGGACCGCAACAACAAGAUGGUCCUGCCCGCAUCUUCCCAACGAAAGCUAUCCGUAUCGUCAGCCUCGCUCCCGACUUCUCCAAUAAGACUGCGUCAGACUCUAAUGACGAGAGCGGCUUGUGGACGUCUGAACAGCCUCGUCCUGCAGCAGACCAUAUGCAGGCCGGGCUACUGCGUCUUGUUAGCAUGCUCGGGGAGCAAUUUGGCGAGGAAGAAGAGGAAGAGGAGGAAGAGGAAAAUGACGAUGAGUUGGAGGCUAUGGUUGCCGAUCUCCGUGAUGAGGAUGUCGAAGGAGAGAUAGAAGAUGAGGAACAUGGGCAUACGAACGCGAAUGAGCAGGCUCAUGACCGGGCUUAG